CAUAUUGACAUUUGAUUGCAUAAAGCUGAUGCAGCUUGCUGUUAAGACAACAGUUCUCAAAAGCCUUGGUACUAGAUUACACCUAUAGUAAUAGAAAUAUACAACCGCAAGCUGUCCAGUCUCAUGAACAACUGGUGUUGCUAAAACAAAAUCAAAAUGGAAGCGUUUGAUCAGAAUAUGAAUUAUAGGCCAAAACUGGAAGAUCAAGAAAGUGUUUUUAAAAAUCAUCCCUGGGAAAACCAUAUUGACUUCUCCAGCUGGAGACUGCGAUCGAAUUCAGUAGAUGGUUGCCAACCUUCUGAACAUAUAACGCACCUUCCAAAGUUACUAAGUAAAAAGAGGCGAAAUUCAACAAAUUCAACGGGUGCAUGGACACCGUAUGUUCCCAGCUACAUGGACCUUUCAAAUGGACCUGAACCAUGCGUUGUAUGCGGAGAUGCUGCCACAGGCUAUCACUAUCGUUGCAUGACCUGCGAAGGCUGUAAGGGUUUCUUCCGGAGAACCAUUCAGAAGAAUCUUGCAUAUUAUUGUAAGUGGAAUGAGAAAUGUGAAAUUGACAAAUCCACAAGGAACCAAUGUCAGCAAUGCCGCUACAAGAAAUGUCUACAAACUGGAAUGGCUCCGGAUUUGGUCUUAAAUGAACACCAAAGAAAGGCAAAACGAAGACUAAUACAAGAUAAUCGAGAACGACGUCAUCAGGAGGGUAUGAUAAGAGGUCCUGUGUUACUUAACCAACUCACUCCACAAGAAACAGAACUAAUAAAUAUCAUUGCCCAGUCUCAUCGUGAAACAUGCCAGUUUUCACCCAAAUUAAGUUUAAAAACCUCAAAAAAUGGCUUGUGUGUUGGUAAUGAUACAUCAACAGUUAAGGGAGCUCUUUCAGAAGCCUUUCCAGAUGAUGGUAUUCCGCAUGUCCAGAAACCAAAGAUGCAAGACUUAUUCAAUAUAGCUGAAAUCAUGACUCCUUCCAUUGUGAAUAUUGUGGAAUUUGCCAAGAGGAUUCCAGGUUUUGCUAUGCUUGCACAUGCAGACCAGGUCGUUUUACUCAAGUCUUGCUGCAUAGAAAUCAUGUGUAUGAGGAUAGCUCAAAAGUAUGACCCCAAUACCAACACACUUCAAAUGUCUAAUGGUAUAGCCGUUGAAAAGUCGCAACUUAAAGGCGGAAUGCUUGCGGAACUGCUUGAACCUAUAUUUGAUUUUGCCGUUGGUUUGUCCAGGCUUGAUCUCACGGACACAGAAGUUGCUCUGCUUUCAGCUGUUUUGUUAGUUGCAGGAGAUCGUCCAGGUUUGAUAAACCCCAAAUCUGUUGAAGUCCUUCAAGAUCAGUUGUUGACAGCUUUUCAGCAUUACAUCAAUCAGUCACGGCCCAAGACGCCAGUUCACUGGGCAAAAAUACUCAUGAAGGUUACUGACCUACGGACCAUUAGUGCUCGACAUGCAGAGAAAGUCAUGUCACUUACAUUAGACUGCCCUCAAGGAAUCCCACCGAUGAUCAUGGAAAUGUUUGACAAUUAAAUAUUUUUGAGUGAAAAAGAGAGCAAUCUACCUCAGUCAAACCACCAAACACAGUGUGUAAAUUGUGUAAUAUACUGUAUAUCAAAAAUGAAAGUAGAAAAAAGAAUAUAUAGCUAUAUGUGUUUUAUUAUUUUUAUUAUAUUAUUAUUGAUCUGUGAUCCUUUACCUAGAACUUGCAUUUUCUUGUUAUUAAAAUUGUGUCCGUUUGUCUAUAAAACUGCCCACCUGUUGAUUAUGCAAAUAUUAGCAAAUGCAUACCUCUGGACAAUUUUUUGUCAGUUUCAUAAAUUUACGUUGUAGACAGUUAUUAGCUACUGUACACCUACCUAGAUUGACUGUCAGUGGUGUACAGUCUGUAAAUUUAUUUUGUAUGAAGGUGCGUGUUCUGGAACCAACCUACAACCGAAGAUGAUUCAUAUCACCAUACAUUAAUUCAUGUUUCCCAAAUUAAGUUCUUUAAAUUUACCUUUAUAAUCUAAAAAAAUAAAUGUCAAUUUAUGUAAUUUUGGCCAUCGUCUCAUUUCAUUAUCAGAAUUUUUGUUUGUUUUUGUAUUUUUUUGCAUGAUUUGUGGUCUGAACACUGUCAGUGCCUUGAGACGAUUUUAUUGUUGAAAGUGCUCUACAGGAACAUUUCUUUGCAUUUUUGGAUGUUUAAAUUCAAGAACAUGUGAUCUGAAUUGCGGUUCAGCUUUAUAUGGAAUAUUUCAACCAAAUGUAUUUAUCAGCUCAGGAAAUAAUAGAAAAGUACAAAGCAAAUAUUUUUACUUUUUUCUAUACCAUCAGUAACUCAAUUCAAGACUAAAUAUAUUGUUGAUAAUAUAGAAUAUGUAAUAAUAAUGAAAAUAUUUCUAAUGUUAUUAUGGUUAUGAUUAUUAUAAUUAUUAUGAUUAUCAUCAGAGCUGGUGAUAUUGUUUUAUCUUCAUGGUAUUUAAGUGGCAAUAAGUUCAUUACAUAUGUUUUGUUUUUAUAUUAUUGGACAUAUUGGAUGCCUUGUAAAUAAUAAACCCACACACGUAUGCAUGAUCUGCAGUAGUCUA